UUCUUCUUCGAUGCUCACUGGGAGAAGCUGCUACCAUUUCUCCUUCCAGAAGAAGCAGCUUCUUCAAAAAUAAAUAAAUAAAUAAAAGAAGUUGGGGUUUCUAAUUUGAAAGUUUAAUAAAAUUAGAGAAAUUGGAAAACGUUAGCGAUGUAUUGUAGGGCGCGAUUUACCUCGAGGCUAGCUUCGACGACGACGACGACAGCGUCGUUGUCGCCUUCUAUGUGCAGUAGAGUUUCGUCCCCGAUUGCUUCUCAGUCUUCUGCUGCUUCUUCCGUUUCGUUCUGGAACCAGAAGUACCGGUCGUUGAGCUUCUCUUCUUCGCUCCGUUCGCUGCGGUGCUCGUUGCCGAGGUGGAGCCACGGCGUCGAUUGGAACUCGCCGGGGAGCCUUCGUGCUCAGGUUAGGAUCGCUGUUCCGGUGAUGGAGAGGUUCCGCCGGAGGAUCGCUACUAUUGCUUCUGAACAUCCUUUCAAGGGAGUGUUGACAAGUCUUCCCAGGCCUGGGGGUGGAGAGUAUGGCAGAUUCUAUAGCUUACCUGCUUUGAAUGAUCCAAGAAUUGACCGUCUGCCAUACUCAAUAAGGAUCCUUUUGGAAUCAGCUAUACGUAAUUGUGACAACUUUCAAGUCACAAAGGAUGAUGUUGAAAAGAUCGUUGAUUGGGAGAAUACAUCACCGAAGCAAGUUGAAAUCCCCUUCAACCCUGCUCGUGUUCUCUUACAGGAUUUCACUGGAGUGCCAGCUGUAGUUGACCUUGCUAGCAUGCGGGAUGCUAUGGAGAAUCUUGGCAAUGAUCCUAAGAAGAUUAAUCCUUUGGUUCCAGUAGACCUCGUUGUUGAUCAUUCAGUUCAGGUUGAUGUUGCAAGAUCUGAAAAUGCAGUACAAGCAAACAUGGAACUUGAAUUUCAGAGGAACAGAGAGAGAUUUGCUUUCCUUAAAUGGGGUUCAUCUGCUUUUCAUAAUAUGCUUGUUGUUCCUCCUGGUUCUGGAAUCGUUCAUCAGGUUAACCUGGAAUACCUUGGACGUGUUGUUUUUAACACUGAUGGAAUACUCUACCCUGAUAGUGUUGUUGGUACUGAUUCCCAUACAACUAUGAUAGAUGGGUUAGGAGUUGCUGGUUGGGGAGUUGGAGGAAUUGAAGCAGAGGCUGCAAUGCUUGGCCAGCCCAUGAGCAUGGUGUUGCCUGGUGUUGUGGGGUUCAAGCUGUCUGGGAAAUUGCGUGAUGGUGUCACAGCCACUGACUUGGUUUUGACUGUGACACAGAUGUUGAGGAAGCAUGGUGUUGUUGGCAAAUUUGUUGAGUUCUAUGGUGAGGGUAUGGCUGAAUUAUCACUGGCAGAUCGAGCCACUAUCGCAAAUAUGUCUCCUGAAUAUGGAGCAACCAUGGGCUUCUUCCCUGUAGAUCAUGUAACACUGCAGUAUCUUAAGUUAACUGGUAGAAGUGAUGAGACAGUUUCAAUCAUAGAAGCUUAUUUGCGUGCAAACAAGAUGUUUGUUGACUACAAUGAGCCUCAACAAGAAAAAGCACACUCUUCUUAUCUACAGUUGGACCUUGCUGAUGUUGAACCCUGUAUUUCAGGGCCAAAGCGGCCUCAUGACCAAGUUCCUUUGAAAGAAAUGAAGGCUGACUGGCAUGCAUGUCUUAAUAAAACUGUAGGAUUCAAGGGUUUUGCCGUGCCAAAGGAAGAGCAGAACAAAGUUGCUAAGUUCACAUUUCAUGGCCUGCCUGCUGAACUUAAGCAUGGUAGUGUUGUUAUUGCAGCUAUCACAAGUUGUACAAACAUGUCAAACCCUAGUGUCAUGCUUGGGGCUGGCCUUGUUGCUAAGAAGGCUUGUGAACUAGGUUUGGAGGUCAAGCCAUGGAUUAAAACAAGUCUUGCUCCUGGUUCUGGAGUUGUGACAAAGUAUUUGCUCCAGAGUGGGCUGCAAAAGUAUCUGAACCAGCAGGGCUUUCAUAUUGUUGGCUAUGGCUGCACAACUUGUAUUGGGAAUUCUGGAGAACUUGAUGAAACAGUUUCUUCUGCAAUUUCAGAUAAUGAUAUCAUUGCUGCAGCAGUUCUUUCUGGGAAUAGAAACUUUGAAGGCCGUGUUCAUGCACUAACAAGAGCUAACUAUCUUGCUUCACCUCCAUUAGUAGUUGCCUAUGCCCUUGCUGGCACGGUUGAUAUUGACUUUGAGAAAGAGCCCAUAGGAACAGGAAAGGAUGGUAAGAGUGUAUAUUUCAAGGAUAUAUGGCCUAGCAAUGAAGAGAUUGCACAGGUUGUUCAAUCUAGUGUGUUGCCUGAUAUGUUCAAGAGCACAUAUGCAGCUAUCACAAAGGGCAACCCUAUGUGGAAUCAGCUUUCUGUCCCUGCUUCCACUCUUUAUUCUUGGGAUCCAAACUCAACAUACAUUCAUGAACCUCCAUACUUCAAAAACAUGACUGUAGAACCACCAGGCCCACAUGGAGUGAAAGAUGCCUAUUGCUUAGUCAAUUUUGGUGACAGUAUUACUACUGAUCAUAUCUCUCCGGCAGGUAGUAUCCACAAGGAUAGCCCUGCUGCUAAGUUUCUUCUUGAGCGUGGGGUGAAUCACAAGGACUUCAAUUCUUAUGGUAGUCGUUGAGGCAAUGAUGAAGUGAUGGCAAGGGGCACAUUUGCCAAUAUCCGCAUUGUCAACAAGCUCUUGCAGGGAGAAGUUGGUCCAAAGACAAUUCACAUUCCAACAGGAGAUAAGCUUCAUGUUUAUGAUGCAGCAAUGAGGUACAAAACUGCUGGGCAAGACACUAUCAUCCUAGCUG